AUGUCCAUAAAAUUCAAAGAUAAUCAAGAUGAAUAUCAUUUUAAUUACGAAGAAGUGCAAGCUCUUUUCAACAGUGUAACAACAUCAUCCGAAAAUAAUUUGAAUCAAGCAGCAGAAACAUCAACAACAAUGACCACGUCUUUAACGCCAGCCCGAACAACAAUAACAUAUACGCCAAUCUUUGGUGGACGAAGUUCUACAACUAGACGAUCUGUCCGAUCUCGCCCUCCACCUCCAACCUAUUUAAAUUCUUCGUUUUUUCGACACGCUGCACAAACUUCUCAUCAAGGAACUGGAUCUACUCCUCAACCCGGAGGAACAAAUACACGUUCUCCAUUCAAUUAUUCAAGGUCAUUUCGUUCCGGCAUUCGUUCUCGUGGUCCAUCUUACCGUCCAUCAUUUGAUAGCCAUCGGAAUGAUAAUCAUGAUAAUAUCUCAAGAACAAAUUCCGGUUUUCAUGAUAACAUUACAUCAGCAUCAACAGCAACGAUAACAGGAGUCAUUGGAGGACAACCGUCAGUUGGUUCCGUGACUGCCGGUAUGAGUCAGGUUUUAGCUAUUACAACUAAUUAUCAACCACAACCAACUGGAACAGUUGAUUUACAACGUUCUACAUCGGUACCUAAUAUUAUUUAUUUACCAGCAACAUUUGCUCUGGUUACUGUCAAUAACAAUGCAGCUAAUGAUAUUCCAACUAAAAUAUCUGUCGAUAUGUCUGAUACUCAACAAUUAACACCAGGCAUGUCUAUCAGACCUACAGAACCUGGUGGCUUGUUACAAACUGUGUUUGUCUGCAGUUAUAUGGCAUUAGCGCCUCUAUUUGGCUAUUUGGGUGAUCGAUAUAGCCGAAAAAACAUUAUUCUACUCGGCGUUACAUUGUGGUCAAUGACAACCGUUGCCGGCUCGUUUGUACCUUCUAAUUAUUUUGUUAUUUUUGUGAUAUUGAGAAGUUUGGUAGGAGUUGGUGAAGCGUCGUAUUCGUGUGUAGCCCCAACAAUUAUUGGGGAUCUUUAUAAACAUGAUUCGAGAACAAAAAUGUUGGCUCUAUUUAAUAUUGCAGUGCCAUUAGGAAGUGGACUUGGCUAUAUACUUGGUUCCAACAUUGCCGAGGCAUUCGGUGAUUGGCGUUGGGCUUUGCGAAUUACGCCGGCAUUAGGCGUUGUAUGUGUCGUUCUUCUUUUGAUUCUUGUUGAUGAACCAGUGAGAGGCAGUGCGGACGGUGCACAUAUUCAAAAAGCAAGUGGUUGGUUAAUGGACGUUAAGGAAUUAAUUAAAAUUAAAAGUUACGUUUUAUCAACAUUAGCUUUUACUUGGGUCUCUUUUACACUUGGAGCUAUUGCUUGGUGGGCUCCCAAUUUUUUAAAAUACGCUAGUGAAGUUGUUUCUGGAAAAGAAGAGAAACAUGUCCCAUUAUAUUUCGGAAUUGUCACGUGUGUAGCUGGCUUUGUUGGUGUAAUAUCUGGCGCUGCAAUCGCUCGUCGUUUUCGUAAGACACAUCCUAAUGCUGAUCCAAUCGUUUGUGGAUGUGGAAUAUUAUGUUCCUUGCCAUUUUUAAUGGUUGUAUUAACAUUUUCAAAUAAAAAUAUGAUUGCAACGUGGAUAUGCAUAUUUUUUGCAGAAGCACUUCUGUGUAUGAAUUGGGCAUUGAUAAGUGAUAUGUUAAUGUACGUUGUUAUACCCACACGUCGUUCAACAGCAGCUGCCCUUCAAAUAUUUGCAUCUCAUUUAUUUGGUGAUGCAAGUAGUCCUUAUAUUAUCGGAUUAAUGAGCGAUUACUUUCGAAAACAUCCUUCAAAUGCGGCGCACGUACAAAAUCCGUUGUUUAUUGACGAGACUACUCCAUUUAUACCGGACCAACCAUCAGCACAGACUGUACAAAAUCCGUUGUUUAUCGAUGAGACUACAUUUAUACGGGAUAGCGAUAGGAAAGAUGCAGAACCAAAACAAGAGUCUUCCUUAAUUGCACAAAGGACAAUGAAUACUAUGGAUUUGGAUGACCAAGAGGCUCAUGAAGAUUUCGAACUACAAGAACGGGUAAAACGUCCGCGAACUUUUGUGCCAACCAAUGAAGACGACGACGACGAAAAUAUACUGAGUACGCAACCCAUGUUAACUAGUUCACCAGAGGCCACCAUAAGAGUUACAGAUACAGAUAAUGAAGACGAAACAACUCCGUUUCCAGUGGAGCGUGAUAGUCAUAUUGAUUUUAUCGGGGAUGGGGAUGGUGCUUCGCCGAUUAGAGAUGAAACUAGCAUUCGCCGUCGUUCAUCACAACGGCCAAGUAGUCGAGGACAAGAUGAACAAAAUACAAAUCCAUUGCGACGCAUUGUGGGGAAUUUUUGGAAUGAUCUCUGGCCUGCCAAUGAUAGAAGUGCUCGAAUUGUUCCACUUUUACUCAUUAGCUUAUUUGUAUUAUUCGUCAUCAUUGUUAUUAUAUUUGUUGUUAUGGGUUAUGAAUCUGUUGAAUAUCAUCAAUUUGCUGUUGCACAUAAUCAAAUGACUGGUCGAAUGGAUUUAAAAAAUCCUUACUCAUCUGGUGUUUAUAUAUUAUUACCUUGGCAAAGAUUUGUUUAUUUUGAUAAAACAUCACGAUAUAUGCAGUUUGAUGAGUUAACAGUGUUUACCACAGAUAAAGCCAGCAUUAUUUUAGAUGCUGCCAUUGUUUACAAAAUAAGAUCUGAACAAAUUGAACAAAUUUGGUUGAAUUUUGCUGACAAACAUGAAAUGAUUGUUGAACGUGUAGCUAAAAGUGUUAUACGUAAUUAUGGCAAUCAGUAUUCAAUAUCAGAUUAUCGUACAAAACGUGUACAAGUUGAAUAUGAAUUACGACAAGUUCUAUACCGUGAAUUAUCUGGUGAUUGUUGUUUAAAAUGUUGCGAUGAUCACACAUGCCCAAUGCAUCAACAAUGGAUAUGUUCAAUUAAUAAUUGUACAAAGAAUUGUACACCAUCUCGUUUUGGUUAUUUUAUUGAUUUAGAAGUUGUUUAUUUUUAUAAGAUAGAUUUACCAUCAAAUAUUGUAAGUCGUUUACAUACGUUGAUGUUAAAACCGAUUUAUGUCGAAAUAGCUUUACAUCAACUCGAACAAGUUGUUUACCAAAUUGAAACUCAACGUCAACGAAAUGUCUAUUUGAAUAAAGCACGUUAUGCACUUAUGGCAAGCAUCGCAAAAGCUGAAUUAGAAAUAGAAAAUGCUAAGGUUUAUAAAGAGCAAUAUAUUUUCAAGCAAAUAGGUAAAACUGAGCAAAAUUAUAUUUUUCGUAAAUUGAAUAUAACUUCACAAUCUGAUAAAUUAGCAAGUUGUUUUCUUUAUGAUUUAAAUCAUCUAAUUAAUGUUUCACAAACAGUCAACAUCGAUUCACAUGUAAGACCACAAGUGAAUAAUCCUGUACGUUCAAAUGAACCGUUUGAUUUUAUUCCACCAGAUGUAUUUGAUUUAACGGAGUUUAUGUCUAUACUAACUGAUCCCGUCUAA